UUUCGUUCUGCUUGCAGCAGGAUGGCUCGCGCAAGUUUGAGCAAGUUUGUAUUACGGCCGCGGCGGCGAGUAAAACUUUUCUGAUCGCGCCCGUAACGUGACUCGUCGUUCGCGCGACAUGAGCCGAGCGCUGUUGCGCGCACUGUGCGCUCAGAGAGAUGCUGUCGUCCCUGGUCAGUGGUACGCGAGCAGAACUUUCGCAUCAGCUGGUUUGUGGGCCUCAACUAAAACCACAGACUGGAAUCGUGCUGUGUCGAACGCAGAGAAAAUCGUCGGUUACCCCACGUCGUACUUUAGUUUACGAUGUCUGCUCAACGACGAAACAUCCAACAUUGCAUUCCACGUGCGCAAGUUGAUCGGUACCAACCACCCGGUACUGAAGACAGCAAAGCGACUGAUAUACAAUGGACGCACCAAUAUUCAGACAAGAGGCCUUAUUGUGCUGCUGCUGUCAAAGGCAGCUGGACACCCAAGUACGCGGCAGGACUGUCUCGAGGAAGAGCGUGUGGCAGGCAUCACACAACGCCAAAGGUCGCUGGCCGAAAUCACUGAAAUGAUCCACACAGCGCAUCUGAUUCACCGAGGUGUGCUGAAUUUGUCAAAUGAACUUUUCCCCGAUGCCACAACGCUCAAGGACUUGCAAUUUGGCAACAAGAUAUCCGUCUUGACGGGGGACUACCUUAUUGCCAAUGCCAGCAAAUCCCUGACCGAUCUGAAGAACUGCAAGGUGGUGGACUUGGUGGCCACAGCCAUAGGCGACUUCAUGCAGUCAGAGUUUCUGGGAGACCACGAUCUGCAAGGCAGUCCUAUUCCUAGCUCCAGCAUGAGCAUUGCCCAGUGGGAGGAAAAGAACUACCUCUCCACGGGUUCACUCAUGUCGAACAGCUGCCAGGCCACAUUAGAACUUGCAAGCCAUGAACAGGACUUCCAAGAGCUUGGCUUCGAGUUUGGCAAGAGCAUCGGACUUGCGUGGCAGGUUCAUUCCGACCUGCAACCAUUUGUCGACACGUACAGGCAUCCUCCUGGCAUGCCAUUUGUACUGACGUCUGCACCAGUUGUUUUGCACCUGGAAUCUGACCCAAGCCUUCUUGAAGAGAUUCGCAGCCACAGGGACAAUGUUGAGAAGCUGGACUACCUGAAGGUUCACAACGCUAUUGUGAAUGGAGACGGCAUCGAGAAAACAAAGGCACUUCUGGAAUCCUACACGUCAAGAGCGCUUACCGUUCUCAACCAAAUCCCUCCUUCCGAAGCAACCACUGCCCUGCGGAAUAUUGUGCAAGCUUUGAGAGAGUGACUUAGUUUCUGCAUUGACACUGACGCAUCUGUAACUGUACUGACCCACACUGUAUGGCGUCGUCUAUCUGUGUCCGGUGCUUGCCUUUUGUUCCCCUGACAAGCCAUUGCACAAAUUAGAAGAGGCAGAGAUAACAACAGUUGCAGUGACUUAUCAUGACGACGCAAUGCUUAAGUUGCUUUCAUAAAAGCAAAUUGUUACCACAAGUGCAUUGUAGAAGUCACAAGCUUGGAAAUAUUAAGUGCACUUUCAAGAUUUUUCAAAGCACCAGUUGAUGAGCAUAAGGAAUAACAUCAUCAUCUGCCUAAAGGACAUCUUUCACUUUUGUUGGAGCAGGUGUGAAUGCCUAGCAUUCAUGAACCUUUUCCGGAUUUACCAGAUACAAUAUGUGCACUUCCAGCAAACUGCGUGUGUGCUCUCUACAGUGUAUGUCCCAGCCAGUUUAUAUGCAACUGUUACACUGCAGCUACAGUAGACAUGACUCUAUGGAGUAGCUUAUUACAGGUCUCUGUUGCCAGGUUUAGUUGCUUCUGCAUCGAUAUCGCAAAUGGCACCCACAAGUACGUGAUAGAGGGGGAAAAGUGCUGUUGUAUUAUAGCAGCAGAGAAGUUAUGUGCUGAUAAUCCAAAAGAUUGCAGAAGAAUAUUUCUUGUACCACCUGUCUUCAUUAUUGAAAUGCCUUUACAAUUUGCAAAGUUGCCUUAAAAAGAAGCACCGCAUAUGCCUUUUAAAGAUAUUCUCUUAAUAUUGAAGGCACAAUUUGUGCAGCGAUAUGUGUUAUUGUUAUACUUGCCAUUGUAGAAACUUGUUACGUGCUAAAGCAAAAUGCUUUUAUUAUGAAAGCAAGUAAUUCUUGCAAACUGAACUUUUUGCGAAACAUGAGAUUUAAAAUGAACAGACUAAAAUUAGCUGACUCUGAAAGCAGUGAAAUCUAGCUGCUAAACCAAGUAGUAGUGAAAUACAUUUUACCAAGAAAUAAAUACUGGGUCAUCACAAAUAUGGUUGUGUCAUCACCACGACUGGUAUCCGAUAGGUGAAGCAAUAAAGUGGGAAAUAAUUGCAAGGAACAAGCACCGACUUCUCAAAUCGAGUUAUUGCUGUAUAUGCACAAACAAAAAUUAGUAUUAAAGACGAUAGAAGACCACUGCAUACCGAAAAAAACAGUGACUACCAACUUAUUUCUGUCAAUAAUGUCAUUUUGUACAAUAAGUGAACCUGCAUAUUACUUAGUCUACACAUAUUAAAUGUUGGGCUAUGCACGCAGGUAAGGCUUUUUUUUUUUAUACUUGGCGCAUGCAUGCAUCCAAUGAACUCCUGGUUGUUCACUGCCUGCCCUAUGUGAUUAUUUGACUGUUAAGCCUCAUUUUUUUUUUCCCUCAUUACAAUGAAUAAACUUGCCCAAGUUGAGGUCUACCUUGUUGUGAUAACAGUAUUGGUAAUUUUACAUGAGUUUACAUGUUAGAGCUUGCAUCAAUAUGCUAAUGCAAGGAUUUAUUGUCAGUAUUUUCCCACUGCCUGAUAAGUAUAUUGAAUGGCAGUUUCCAUUGGUGAUUUGGAAAGGGUGAAAGAGGGAAUAGAAUAAACUGUUUAGAUGAGCAGUGUCUGAAAGGAAGCAGGAAAGUUUUAAAAAAUAGGAAAAGUAAAAGAAAGUAAAUCAACGUAUUUUGUGUUGUCACACUGUUUUUAAAGUUGUGCAGCCACACCAUGCAAAAUACACUUGCCAUGCAAUGUACACUACCCGAGCGGUUUUAUAUUUCAUCUCAAUUAAUAUACAACUGUCAUUCCCAAGAAUAAAACCAUGGCUUCAUGUUUAUAUAAC